CAUAAACUUGCAGGAUCACUAGAUCUGCAAGAUCUUUCUCUUGCUGUGCAGCAACCACAAACUGAUCUCCUAGAACAAACAUUACUCUCAGCACCGCUAAAUGGUGACUUAACAGAUAGUGUAGUUUGUUUCGGGAAUUAUGAUGAUGUAAAAAUCUCUAUUGUGGAUCCAAAUAUGGAAACAGUUGGAUCCUUUACAGAUAUUCUUUUGGAACCCACGUGUGUUGAAAACACAAUUUCUAAUGAAAUUUCAGACUCUAGUCUUCCCCAGCAAACUCCAGAGUUGAAUUCUAAAUAUAAAGUGACCAAAAGUAGUGAAGUUGAAUGUCAAACACCAACAAUAGAAGAUAAAUUUCAACAGAAAUCUAGAACUAGAAAAGGCGAUUCGUCAAAUAAUAGUGGUUUUCAACAAGUUAAUAAAUCUGUGUUGGCUCGAGUCUCAGCAUUGUUACCUGCUUCAUAUCUUACGAUCAGAAAAUGUUCACGUAAAAGAGGUUGUGGAGUAUUUGCUCGUAAGACUAUUCGGCAACGAACAUGUUUUGGACCAAUUGAAGGAUUUUUGAGAACGUCAACAUUUUCUCCGCAGAGUAAGGGUCAAAAAUUUAAAAACAAGCUUGUUUUUUUGGUUGAAACAGGCCCUGAUAAAGUUCAAGCUCUAGAUAUUUCUAGGAAGAAUGCAUUUAAUUGGAUGCGUUUUGUGCGUGUGGCACAAUCUUGCAAUGAGCAGAAUGUGAUUUUAAGUCAACAAGGUCAAUCACUGUUCCUUACUACAACAAAAGUUAUUCAUCCAAGAGAAGAAUUGAGGGUAUGGUACAGUUUGGUUUAUGCCAGGCGUCAUGGACUACCUUUCCUUCAACCUUUGAAACUUGGUUUGAAAGGUACAUGUGACCCAUCAAGUACAUGGUUAUGUUUCAAAUGUAGUGACCGUUUUGUAUGUUCUGGAGAUUUGCAAUAUCAUCUCAAUAUACAUAAUUUGGAUAUAUUGAAAAUGGAAACCAAUACAUGUGUUAGAAAGGCUACAUGUGCCCUGUGUUCAAAGAAAGCAACAUAUAAAAAUAAAAAUAAAGAUUAUGCAUCAAAAUGUCAGAUUUGCAAGAGUCAGUACCACCCAUGUCAUGUAGUCCAGCAUAAUGAUAAC